AUGUUGCGGUGGCGCAUUCAAUCCCAUCCACCUGCUGCAACAAACGCCGGCUACUCUCGGAUACCGAGGCUGCCAGUGAUAUUCUUAGCUUGGAGAGGGCACCGCACCGCUCCAGGAAGACUGCGGUUACCAAAAAGGGAGGAGACACAUGUUCCACCGACAACGUCCCCGGGUCGAACUACUGUCGCCGCUGCCAACGUCUUUUUAAAUACAACCGGCAUGCCUGUCGGUGAAGUGGAGGAAGGACGGCGUGGUUUUCUGGGUUUCGGGAAAGUAGCAGGUCGUGCGAUGCCGCUUAACCCCCUCGCUGUGCUGAGACCUCAGAAAACCGAUGCGAAAGAGGACCGAAGCACCGCUCGCUUUCUGAAAGCAGUUGAACUGUUAAACGGCAAGCGGCGAAGCCGAAAGGAGGGUAUCACAAUGCAAAUGACAGCGGAGCAGCAACACGAUAUCGUCAAUCGCUAUGCCCAAACACGCUGGUACGGAUUUAUGUGGUAUCCCUUUCGCAACGUAACGGAGCGCCAGUUCAAAUGGUGGCGUCGCAUCGCUCAUCUUGCUCUAAUCAUCGUGGGGUUGACCGGGGUUGUUCUUGCACUUGUGAUGUACUACCGUGAGGUGGAAACUGUGUUGUUGUUAAGUCCGGAGGAUCGCUCUGAUUACCAAAAAAUUGUGACAGGGAUGCGUUUUAGCGAGAUUUAUCGUCUUUCAAUGGAGGUACUCGGGAAGGAAGACCCCCUGGAAGCACUCCCCAGCCCAGCACGCUACCACCUUAUUUUGGAAGCUGCAAGAGAGAAGGGUUGGCACAAAAUCGACUGGGAGCUUGAAGGACGCACGCGAUACCCGCGAUCAGCCGUAGAAGACUUGGAUUUCAUCCAUAUUAUUUACUGGGCAGUCAUGUAUAUCGGCUCCGCUGUAACUGGCGGUGGGGAACUUUUCUCUGAUCGCUUCGGCGAUCUUAUUGAAGUCCGCCAGGCGCAAAAAUUGCGCGACGCAGAAGCGAGUUUUGUUGAGCAAGGCUCUGAACCACCACCAAGCAAAAAAAAAUAA